UGCCCAAAUCAAUUUUACACCUUAAUAAGAUGGACAGAAAUUUAGAUGGGAAAGUUCAAUAUCAACUGAGACAUAAAUAUUAUCAUACAACUGCAGUAGUAGGAGACGUCCUGUACUGCUGGGGAGGGAACCAGGAAGGAUUAGAUAAGUCACACGAUUCUCCUACCAAGAGAGAGUGUACUUCUGUUAUUGAUGCGUUUAACUUAUUAUCUGGUGCUUGGUCCUCUCAACCUACUAGUGGUACUCCUCCAUUGGGAAUCAUAGGAGUCUCCUGUACCCCCAUUAGUAAUAAUAUUUAUUAUUUUGGUGGUUGGUGUGGCCAUGAUGGUUGCUUCCAUAACAGUUUGAACUGUUUAGACACUUGCACUCUUCAAUGGAAAGAAUUACAACCAACUGGUGACAAUUCUGUGACUAAGAGAGCCUAUGGUGGUAUGAUAGCAAUUGGAACUGGAUCUGGAAGUGAAGGUGAACCUCAACAAUUACUGGUUAUUGGUGGACAAGGUACUGCUACACAGCAUCAUCCUCAAUUUAAAUAUGAUUAUGGAGCUGCUAUAACUAAUGAACAGAGUAUCUACAACCUAUUCAGUGGUCAAUGGAUUGUGCCAUUUGUCAGUGGUCAGUGUUUUCCACCAGCUGAGGAAUUUAUAAUUCAAAAGAUCAGCUAUAAUAAAGGAAUUAUGCAUGGGGGACUAGUGAAUGAUGGCAGUUAUUGUAGUACUGACAGUAUCUACUUGUUUCAAUUAUCACAUAAUACAAUAAACUGGGAGUGUCUUAAACCAGGAUCAGUACCUAAUGAUGGACUGUGGCCUGAUGCAAGAAAUCGUCAUGCCAGUACUAUUAUCAAUGGUGUAUCUACCUCGCCUACACUAGUAAUGAUUGGUGGAGUGGAUAGUGACGAGCAACUAGUGAAUGAAUGUUGGUUAUUAGAAACAAAGCAGUACAGUUGGAUAAAGGUAUUAAUGUUUAUAGUGUGUUAUUGUGAAUGUGAAUUGUCAAUGACUGGAGAUUAAUUUUUAGAAGAAGCAGAUAUAUAUGUAAAAUCAGUGGCAGAUCUAAGGGGGGGGGGGGAGGCAAUUCCCCCAAAAAUUUUUCUGGAGUAAUGUAAACUUAGUUUCACCUAUAUUAACUGAGAAGCAUGACUAUAUAAACAAUUUUUAAACCACAAAGGAGCUCAUUUUAGUGGGCCAUGGGCACCAAGUAGGCUUAAGCCCUCCAUACACCAGGCAACAUGUUGCUAGCAACAU